AUGUCGGCGACAACACCCGAAUCGUCCACUCCACAGCAGCAGGGGGAGGACCAGGAGGCGGCGCACACCUUCGACUACCAGCAGAUGAGAGAUGAUCCUGGAAAAUAUGUUGGCUAUCGCGGAUACGGAUACUUUGUUUCGUCGACCGAUGACUUCGGCCAGUACAGAAGCUUUGACGCUCUAAACGCAACUGUCAUGCUGCGUCAACAAGCUGAGAUCGCGAAGAUCGAACAAGACCUCGAAACCCGGGAACGCCAGCUUCGUUCUCCUGAUCGCGCAGUGCACAAUGGUACAUUCCUAAAGAAUCCAGAUGAGGAACGCAUGCGCCUGCUGGACGAGGCCCAGGCCAAGCUCGAGCAGUACUACCGGUACACCCAUAGCUACGUCCAAUUCAAGCAAGGCACAUCGACUACGGAGCGCGAACGGGACAACUUGAAACGCUGGCACGGAUGCAACAAAAACGCGAUCGACCAGGAUGAGAAGAAGUACAUCCACAAGGAGGACCUUCACCGGAUUCUCCCCAAGGCGAUUGACCCGGUGCGGGACAUCCUGCUUGGGUGGAAGUACUUCAGGAAGUUGCCCUUCUGGAAGAGCCCCGCGAAGGAAGAAUUGCCCUACUUCGCCGACCCAGACAACGAAACGGUAGCGUCGACCGAGGACGAAUUGCCCAUCGAGAACCAAUUACCCUACUACAUCAGCCCCGGCCGCGUAACGGUCGCGCCGACCGAGAAAGUCGACAGAAUGGCCAAGCUGGUGACGGCCACCAUGGGGAUGGUGCUCAUCCUGGGUCCUAUCUGGACCCUGGCCUACAUCACAGAGCUGCACUUCCGGCUUCUAGUUGUUUCCAUUGCUAUCUCGGCCUUCGCAUACUUCCUGGCUCAUCUUCACCCGGAACCGUCGUAUGACGUGUUUCCGCCUACCGGAGGGUAUGCCGCGGUGCUCAUGGUUUACCUGUCGGCAACAUAG